AUGCCAGAACAGCUCAGCCAGGAGUCAGAGGCAAAGAGAGUUAAGCUGGAAGACUACCACGAGACGGCACAUUCCAUCCCAGUUGCCAAUCGUGACAUCAAUGGCUAUCAGUUGCCUGGCCACCAGAGCAACUCGUUCCAUACUAAGAUGACCUCCUCUCAAGUGGACAAUGAACCUUCAACCUUCAUCAAGGAGUUGGAGGACAUGGACAACGAAGCCACGUCCAAGAGUGAGGAAAUCCAAAUUCAGAACUGGUCUAGACCCGAAUUGCCAAAAUUUGAUCCAAAGAAAGAUGACAUUAUAUUUCAGCAGUUGGAUGCUGAGGAGAUAUCUCAUGUAAAUGGGCACUCUUCAGCAAGAUUUUUUGGUGUCACGGACGCGGGUAACACGGUGCUCUGUAAUGUCACUGGUUUUGACCAUUAUUUCUAUGUUGGCAUGCCCAAGGCUCUCAAGGAGUCUGAUCUACCGGGGUUCACCAACUACUUGAAAGAUGAAUACGUUGGGGUCAACACGAUUGAAAUUUCCUUCAAAGAGUCAAUUUGGGGUUACAACAAUAAUACAAAGCUACCUUUCUUGAAGAUCAUAAUGAGUAACUCCCGAUUGAUCUCCAGAGUGAGAACUGGGUUUGAGAAUGGUAGUAUUCAAUACAACGAUGCGUUCCCUCCCAACGGGUCCAUCACAUUUGAUAAUAUUCAGUACCUUUUGAGAAUGAUGGUGGACACAAAAGUCAGCGGUAUGUGCUGGAUCAAGUUGCAAGCUUCAAAAUAUACUCUGGUUCCACCUUCUCAACAGGUAUCAACUUGCCAAUUAGAGCUUUCUGUUGACUACAGAGAUCUUGUUUCACUACCCAUAGAAGGAGAGUUCAGUAAGAUUGCGCCAUUACGAAUUUUGUCCUUUGAUAUUGAGUGCGCUGGACGCAAAGGUAUUUUCCCAGAGCCAGAGCAUGACCCGGUCAUUCAGAUUGCUAAUGUCGUUUCUCGCACAGGUGAAUCUACUCCAUUCGUAAGAAACGUAUUCACAGUCAAUUCAUGUGCCCCGAUUGUGGGCUCUCAAAUAUUUUCUUUUGAAAAAGAGGAGGAAUUGCUUCGAAAAUGGAGGGACUUUAUUAUCAAAGUUGACCCAGAUGUCAUCAUCGGUUACAACAUCGCCAACUUUGAUUUCCCAUAUUUGAUAAAUAGAGCUGCUACAUUAAAAGUCCAAGAUUUUCCAUUUUUCAGUCGUGUUAAGACCUCAAAGCAAGAAAUCAAAGACUCAACAUUCAGUUCCAAAGCAUAUGGAACGAGAGAAAAUAAAGUCGUCAACAUUGAUGGAAGGAUGCAACUAGAUUUGCUUCAAUUUAUACAAAGAGAGUACAAGCUGAGAUCGUAUACCCUGAAUUCUGUCUCUUCACACUUUUUGGGCGAACAAAAAGAAGAUGUUCAACAUUCCAUCAUUACAGAUUUACAGAACGGGGACGCGGAAACCAGAAGGAGGUUGGCAGUUUAUUGUUUGAAAGAUGCGUAUCUUCCUUUACGACUGGCUGAGAAGUUGAUGUGUUUGGUCAAUUAUACCGAGAUGGCUAGAGUCACAGGAGUUCCUUUCUCAUUCUUGCUUAGUAGAGGUCAGCAAAUCAAGGUCAUUUCUCAACUGUUCCGUAAAUGCUUAGAAUUAGAUAUCGUCAUUCCAAACAUGAAGAGCGAUUCGGUCAAUGAAGAGUACGAAGGUGCUACAGUCAUUGAUCCUGUUCGUGGUUACUACGAUGUUCCAGUCGCAACUUUGGAUUUUGCUUCUCUGUAUCCCUCCAUCAUGAUGGCCCAUAACUUGUGUUACACAACGUUACUGAAUAAACCAACAAUAGACCGGCUGGGUCUUGUCAAAGAUAAGGAUUACAUUUUAACACCCAACGGAGACUUUUUUGUCAAAGAGGAUCUAAGAAAAGGUAUUUUGCCAACAAUUUUGCAAGAACUUUUAGCUGCUAGAAAGAAGGCCAAAUAUGACCUGAAAACAGAGACUGAUCCGUUCAAGAAACAGGUCCUUAAUGGUAGACAACUUGCUUUGAAGAUUUCGGCAAACUCUGUCUAUGGUUUCACUGGUGCUACUAUUGGUAAACUGCCUUGUUUAGCUAUCUCAUCCUCUGUGACCGCGUUUGGUAGAGAAAUGAUUGAAGCCACCAAGCAAGCUGUUCAAGAAAGAUACACCAUUAAAAAUGGUUACGAUCAUGAUGCCCAGGUAAUCUAUGGUGAUACUGACUCCGUCAUGGUGAAGUUUGGUGAAAAUGAUCUUAGAAAAUGCAUGAAGCUUGGAGAGGAAGCUGCAGCUUUUGUGUCAACCAUCUUCAAGAACCCGAUUAAACUAGAAUUUGAAAAGGUAUACUUCCCGUACCUACUGAUCAAUAAGAAGAGGUAUGCUGGGCUUUACUGGACAAAUCCUGACAAAUAUGACAAGAUGGACACCAAAGGUAUAGAAACUGUGCGAAGAGACAAUUGCAGAUUGGUUCAGAACGUUAUUACCAAAGUUUUAGAGUACAUGCUGGAACUACGAGACGUCGAAGGUGCCGAAAACUUUGUCAAGCAAACUAUCGCCGACCUUUUGCAAGAUAGAGUAGAUUUAUCUCAACUAGUGAUUACAAAAGCUCUUUCAAGACAAGACUAUGCAGGAAAGCAAGCACAUGUUGAGCUGGCAGAACGAAUGCGCAAGAGAGAUGCUGGUUCAGCUCCAACGCUAGGUGACAGAGUGGCCUACGUCAUUAUAAAAACCAGCAGCACUAAGAAUUAUGAGAAAUCUGAAGAUCCCCUAUAUGUCCUGGAGCAUUCGUUACCUAUUGACACUAACUAUUACCUCGAGAACCAGUUGGCCAAACCGUUGACCAGAAUCUUUGAACCUAUUUUAGGAGAACGACGAGCUAAGGCAUUGUUGAGUGGAUCACACACCCGAACUGUCUUUGUCGCAGCUCCAAAGACUGGUGGCCUUAUGAGGUUUGCAAAAAAGACCAAUACUUGCAAGAAUUGUAAAAGUCCGUUAACAAAGUCCAAUUGCAAAUCCCCCAAUGGAAAUGCUGCGCUGUGUAACAACUGCAUGGAUAAAGCUGGAAGCCUAUAUGGAGAAGCGCUGUCACUGAUGAACUCUUUGGAAACCAAAUUCAGUAAGUUAUGGACCGAAUGUCAACGUUGUCAAGGUUCACUCCAUCAAGAAGUGCUUUGUUCAAAUAAUGAUUGCCCUAUAUUCUACAUGAGAACGAAGGCCAAAAAGGAUAUCAUACAUCAGGCAGAGGAGUUAGAAAGGUGGAAUGAUAUGGUGUGGUAA